AUGGCUGAUGAAACUAACGAAAAAUCCAGAGGAUUUGAGGAUGUCAUGGAUGAAGAAGAUGAUGUCCAUGAAGUAGAAAAAAUAUAGGGUAGGAAGAGUUAGCAAUAAAAAUAUCUGAAAUAAAUAAGCAACGACGAUGAAAAUCCAUAGCAAGAGGAGAUAAGCGAUGUUGAGAAGAAAAUGAAAACUCUUCUGCUGAAAGCUGAAUAAUAUGCAAGUUUUUUAGUUUCAAGACAUUAAUAGAAAAAGAAUAAAAAGCAAGUUGUUCAAAAAAGAAGAGGGUAAUAUUAGGAAGAGAAAGAAGAAGAAGAGUAGCUUAUUAAAGAGGAAGAAGAAGAGGAUGAUAACUUGCCUACCAUACUAACAAGCUAGCCAAAAAUAUUAAAGGGAGGAAAAUUAAAAGAUUAUCAAAUGAUUGGUCUUAAUUGGAUGAUCAGUUUAUAUGAAACUGGUUUAAAUGGUAUAUUAGCCGAUGAUAUGGGUCUUGGUAAAACAAUUUAAUCUAUCUCUUUAAUAGGUUUCCUGAAAGAAUUUAAAAAAAUAAAUGGUCCACAUUUAAUUAUAGCUCCUAAGAGUACUUUAGGUAAUUGGUUUAACGAAUUUCAGAAAUGGUUGCCUUGCUGCAGAACAAUCAAAUUAAUUGCAACAAAAGAUGAAAGAGAAGAAAUUUUGUAAAAUUAUAUCGCUAAUAGCAAAUUUGAUGUUUGUUUAACAAGUUUUGAAGGAGCAAAGCUUUGCUAAAAAUAUUUGAAAAAAAUAAAUUUCUAAUAUAUUAUUAUUGAUGAAGCUCACAAGAUUAAAAACGAAGAGAGUUAAACUGCUUUGAUUUUAAGAAUGUUUAAAACUAAUUAUAAAAUAUUGCUCACUGGUACUCCCCUCUAAAACAACCUUCACGAAUUGUGGAGUUUGCUCAACUUUUUAUUGCCAGAUUUAUUCAGCUCAAGUGAGAUUUUUGAUGAAUGGUUCAGUGCUAACAAUUUGAGUGGCAAAAAUAAUAACGAAGAAAAUGACACAAAGAAUAUUGAAAUGAUAUCUCAGCUUCAUAGAAUUUUGAAACCAUUUAUGAUGCGUAGAACUAAAUCUGAAGUUAUGCAAACACUUCCUCCUAAAAAGGAAAUCCAUUUAUAUGUAGGUUUGACUGAAUCACAAUUAAAUAUAUAUAGAAAUCUCCUAUCUCCUAAGAAAAGUAUAACAGGAUCUGAGGAUGAUAAGAAAUUCUAUCUUAAUAUCUUAAUGCAACUUAGAAAAGUUUGCAAUCAUCCUUAUUUGUUUGAAGGAAUAGAAGAAGAAGGGCUCCCACCUCUAGGUGAGCACAUUAUUACUAAUUGUGGUAAAAUGAUGGUCUUAGAUAAAUUGUUACAAAAACUAAAAAAUGGAAAGCAUUAAGUGCUUAUUUUCUCUUAAAUGACUAUGGUUUUAGAUAUAUUAGAGGAUUAUUGUAACUACAGACAGUUUAAAUAUUGCCGUAUCGACGGUAAUACAGAUAUGACUGAUAGAGAUAAUUAAAUUAGUGAUUUUGUAAAAGAAGACUCAACUAAAUAUAUUUUCCUUUUGAGUACAAGAGCAGGUGGUUUAGGUAUCAACUUAGCUACAGCAGAUACAGUUGUUUUAUAUGAUUCUGAUUGGAAUCCAUAAAUGGAUUUAUAGGCCAUGGACAGAGCUCACAGAAUAGGUUAAAAGAAUAUCGUUAACGUUUAUAGAUUAAUAUCUGAAAAUACAAUUGAAGAAAAAAUUAUCGAAAGAUAAACAAUUAAAUUAAAAUGGGAUCAAUUGAUUAUUCAGUAGGGUAGACUUGCUUAAAAGAAUCGUGUUCUCUCAAGAGACGAAAUUAAGGAUAUGAUUUAAUUUGGAGCUUCUGCUAUUUUCAAAUCCAAAGGGGGAACAUACACAGAUGAGGAUAUUGACAUUCUUCUGUAGAGAGGUGAGUAAAAAACCAAAGACCAUAAUAAAACCAUUGAUGAAAAAUUCAAGAAAUCUAAUGAAUAAGUGGGAGAAUUAUCUCUUAGCUCUAUCAAUAUUUAUGAUUUCUUGUAAAAGAACCACGAUAAUGACAAAACAAAAGAAGAUAAAGAAGCCUUAGAUGAAUAGUUAGCCCGUGAGUUAGCUAGUGAAUUAAGAUCUCGUAGAGAAAAGAAGACUAUGAAUUACAAUAUCAAUGCAUAGUUUUCACAUAUGAUGGCAACUGCUCCUAUGCCUAAGGCUGCUAAAAUAAUUAAAUUACCAGAACAUUAAUUGUUUGUAGAAAGAGAAAAACUUUAAGAAUUACUUCAAAAGGAAGAAGAUUUUAAAUGCAUGAGCAACAGAGCUAAAAAAGCUGAAAAAGAGGAAGAAAAUUCAAUUGAAGAAAAUGGGCUUACUCCCAAAGAAAACAAACUAAAGGAUUAAUAUUGGGCUACAGGUUUUCCUACUUGGUUGAAACAAGAAUAUCUCAGUUUCAUUCAAGGAUGUGAAAGAUUUGGAAAGACUGCCUACAAAGAAAUAGCUGAGCACAUCAAGACAAAAACAGAAGAAGAAGUUAGCUAAUAUAGCAAAGCCUUUUGGGAAAGAAUCGACACAAUCAGUGAAAAAGAUAAAAUCAUUAAGAACAUUGAAAGAGGAGAGUAAAUUCUUAAGUAGAAAUUAGUGAUGUCAGACUUAUUAAAAGAGAGAUGCAAAAUUUAUCAAAAUGUUAAAGAAGAGUUUGAAUUCAAUUCAGCCAUUUACAAUAAAUCUAAAUCUAAAUUCUACACAACUGAAAAUGAUAAAUUUUUAAUUUAUGCUAGUUAUCAAAUGGGGUACUGCAAUUGGCCUGUCAUCAUAAAAGAAAUAAAAACUAAUCCUAUGUUUUAAUUUGAUCACUUUUUCAAAAGCAGAAGUGAAUACGAGUUAAAUAAAAGACUUUAGAGUCUAUUAAAAGUAGUAGAAAAGGAGAAAGAUUUUAUUGUUUAAAUUGAAGCUAAAAAGCUAAAAUUAAAGUAAGAGUAGGAAGAGAAGUAAAGAGAGCAAGAACUCAAAAAGGAAUAAUAGAAAUAGUAACAAUAAUUACUCGAAUAGUAAAAGGCUGAAAAAGAAAAAGCUAAUCAACAAUAACAACAACAACAGUAAUAAUAAUAAUUGAAUACAGAAAUUAUAGUUACAGAUAGCUAGCCAAAGCCAUAAUAAAAUAGCAACAAUAACAAAGAUAGUAAAAAUAUAAAUUCUGCUAAAAAUAGCUAAGAAUCUUAAGCUAAAUAAUAAAGUACUAUCUAAAAGUCUAGUAAUUAACAAUCUAACUAAGUCCAACAAACUUAAAAAAUUAAAGAUCCACAAAACUCUUCUUCUUCUAAAAAUAAUAAUACUAAUAGUAAAACAAAUGGCUUAAAAUAAAAUUCUCUAUUAAAUUAUGGUGUAAAAGUAGAUAAAAAAGUAUAACAAGCACCUAUUUUGAUAGACUUAGAAUCAGAAGAUGAAGAAGAUGAUAAAAUAAAAAUUAAAAGAUUACCAAAUGUAAUUGUGCCAGAGCCUUUAUCAUAAGAAAGUAAGCAAGAAACCUAAUAGAAGUAAUCAUAGUAAUCUUCACAAUCAAGUAAUAAAUAAAGCACUAGCAAUGCAUCAAAUAAUAUAAAUUCUAAAAAAUCUCACAAUGUUAAAGACGAUAAAAUAGAAUAAAAUCCUUAAAAAAAGUUAAAGCGUGAUUGA